UUUGUCGAGUAAUCUGACAUCGGUUUGUUGACAUCAUCAGUUCGGACCUUCUGCUACGAGGUAGACGUUCAGCCACGUCUGUUCACCAUGGCAAACAAUGUACCUCUUCUAGACAAUGAUGACACACUUGGCUUUGGAGAAGAAGAUGAACCAAAAGGAAAACUCAAGCAUCCAGUUGUUACGCUUUUCCAUCUGAUAUUCCGAGUGUCGGCUCUGGUGGUUUAUCUGUUUUGCGGAUGGUAUGGUAGUGGAUUUAUUGGUGCUUUUGUGACCAUUGUCCUACUGGUUUCAAUGGACUUUUGGACUGUAAAAAAUAUUACAGGGCGUCUCAUGGUUGGUCUACGAUGGUGGAACUACAUUGAUGAUGAAGGCAAGAGUCAUUGGGUAUUUGAAGCUCGAAAGGGUGGUCUUCAGGGUCGAGUGUCGCCAGUUGAAGUGCGGGUCUUCUGGGCUACCCUUGUAGCCUUCCCAGUUCUUUGGUCCAUCCUCUUUCUCAUUGCAGUCUUUUCACUCAAGUUCAAGUGGGCUGUAAUUGUUUUGAUUGCCCUUACCUUGAGUGGAAGCAACAUGUAUGGAUAUAUUCGCUGUAAACUUGGGAAGUCUGAUAGUCUUACAGAAUCAAUGAAAAGUAUGGCCACAGGAUUGGUGCAGAAGCAGAUGCUUGGUAGUGUAACCAACAUGUUUGCCCGCACACCCCCAACCAAUGCCCCAAGUAGUACGGUGUAGUGAAGAAUGUCAUAACCUAUCAAAUCUCAUUAUUGGUUGGAAUUUUUGUAUAAGUAAUUUAUACUUAACUCCUUUGACUGUAAUAGCAUUGGUAGAAGUAAAGUAAUUAGUAUUUUUACAAUUUUUCAAUAAUAUUUUCUGUGUCAAACUAUGUUAACAAAUUGUUAUGACACACCGUAAAAAUAUUCAUGUAACAAAGAGGUGAAUAAAGUACAUUUGAGAAUAUGAAAUGGUUUGAUUAUAUGAUAUACAGUGAACGAACAAAUUUUCUUUAUGUAUGUAUAUGUAUGCUCUGGUGGUAUCUAUUUAUUACUGUAAACUGUUGUAAUCUGAAGAAGUGCCUCUCUUUCAAAUAAUUGGCUUACUUUAUUCUGUCAUUCCAGUCUUUUUAUGAAAAAGAAAGCAGUUAUUGCUUUGUGUGUGUGACUGUGAUUGUAGCUUUCAUUACAUGUAUAUGUUUUAUGUUAUAUGCUGUUUUUUGCAGGUUGUUUAAUAGGAAACUUGUUUGGGAAAUAUAAAAAUUAGGCACAAAACUUACAUUUAACAAGAGUGUAACUGCACAAUAAUCUGGAUUAGAUAAAUGAAAAAUGUUCACCUUCUAUUUUUCAAUCUGGGGAAGUUUUGUUUAGUUUUUAUUUGCAUAUGGGAAAAGAGUGUGUGUGAGGGAGUGCCAGCAUUAUUAAGUUUAGUUAAAAAAUAUAUAUAUCAUUUACUUGCCUUUGUCAUUCUUAUCAAAUAUUAUUUUGUGUUUUGUUUACACAGUAUGCAUGGCUGCCCUAAGCAGUAUUUUCUUUAUCUGCUACUUUAUAUAUUUUCUUGUUACUGGUGAUCUUCAAGAGGGCACCUUUUCAAAUAUAUUUUUAGUAUGUAAAUCAGAUAAAUUAUAUGUGAUUUAAAAUGCCUUCCAAAA